UGGGCAGAGAGCACCCUUGUUUCACCUGGGAAGCAGGAAGAGCUGGGGCCUGGCAGGGCCUUUUGUACCCAACCCUUACCCUUAGCUGUUUCUUGUACUGAGAGCUUGGGGCAUUGGCCAGCUGUGCCAGUCGAGUCAGAGAGGGAGUCCUGGGGCUCAGCCUGCUGCCUCUGCGGCUGUCAGGGACAGCUCACUGCCUUCACUAACAUGGACCAAAGCAGGUGAGGGUAUAAACAAUAAACUGGUGCAGCAGGGCCUGACCUCCAGCAUCGUCACUCUCCACACUUGCUUCUGUGUGGCAGGCUUAUGUAGUCUGGACCCCAAUUCAGUUCCUACCCUUACUGGAAGUGUCCCCAGGGCCGAUUGCCUGCAAAGUGUGGGGUGGGCACCCCCAAACCUCCAUGCUCGGAGGUCUAGGCUGAGCCAGGGGAGGUGGAGCUGCCUCCGAGUAAAGACAUGGGACUGAGUAGGCAGGCCAGGGUGCUGGGGAUGGUACUGUUAUGGAUGUCCUUGCAUACUCAGCCAUGUGAGUGCUGACCUCUGACCUCCCUGCCCACUGCCUCCAAGGCAACCAGGACAGUCCAAUCAGGGCUUCUGUCUUUGUUUCCAGGUUGUAGCUACCAUGGUGACAGGAUGCAAACAGUAACAGACUGGGUGGGAACAUGGAGCCUGCACCUGCCCUGGCAAUGGCACCCGGGAAGAGGGCCAGGAGCAGGCCCAUCCCUGUGCUCCAGCAGAUCCUGAAGGAGGAGGAGCUGCUGGCAAAGGUGGAGGACUACAAGAAGCUGGUGCAAAGGUGGGAGCAGGAGCGGCAGCAGGCACUGCAGAGGGUGCAGCAGGAGCAGCGGUCCCUGGUCGCAAGCUGGCGGCAGCUCCGCCACGGCCUUGCAGAGGAGCUGCGCCUCGCCAGCAAGGAGCUUGUGCUGGUGCGGCGCGCAGCCCUGUGCUCCCUGCUCCAGCAAGAACAGCUGCAGCAUCAACAGGAGCUGGCACAACUCGGCUGGGCCUUCUACACAGAGCGGCUCUGAGCGCCCAAGAAACCCCCUCCCAGUGCUGGCUGCGUGUGCAGAGUCAUACUGGGGUAGGCAGCAGGAGAUGCCUUCCUGGGGGCCCUGUCACAGAGGGGCACAGACUGGGCAGAGUGACCGCAGUGGCAGCACAAGCUGCCCAAUGGCUCAGGCACUGCAGUGACCUGUGUGGGGUUGCCCAUUUCUACCCCUCCACACUCAGUGCCUCCAGAUUUGCAGCCUUCGUUGCAUCCCGGCACUUCCCCCUCUUCGCUCACCAGAGCCAAGCAGUGCCCUAUGAACCAGGAGCAGCUAUGGAAAAUGCAGUCAGAUGCGCAUAGAGAUGCCGUCACUCUUCUGUCUUGUCAUGAAUGUGUCAACUAAUUACCAUUAAAUCAGGGUCGAGAGGCUCCCCAGCUC